GUCAUCAAAGAUCCCCCUCCACCUCCACCAGCUCCAAAAGAGGAAGAAGAAGAGCCUUUGCCUACCAAGAAAUGGCCCACGGUGGAUGCUUCCUACUAUGGUGGACGAGGAGUUGGAGGAAUUAAAAGGAUGGAGGUUCGCUGGGGUGAUAAAGGAUCCACAGAAGAAGGGGCUAGAUUAGAAAAGGCAAAAAAUGCUGUGGUGAAACUCCCAGAAGAACCAGAAGAACCUUUUCAUCCUAAACCACCUAAACCAAAGCCUACCUCACCAGCCAUUCAGGAGAAGUGGUAUACGCCAAUUAAGGGUCGGCUCGAUGCGCUGUGGGCACUGCUACGAAGACAGUACGACAGAGUCUCUUUGAUGCGACCACAGCAAGGAGAUGAG